AUGGGGCAUGCUAUGUCUUUCAUAAUAAAUAAGGCACGGGAGAAGAAGAGGAAGAAGAAAACGUACGAAGCCCUAAUCACUUUGCUUCCGGAGGACGUUUUAAUGGACUGUGUAGCGCGUGUGCCAAAGCACGAGUAUCCAAAUCUCUCACUCGUUUGUAAGCUGUUUCGAUCCAUGGUUGCUUCGCCUGACCUAUACGCGAGACGGUCUUCGUUGGGAUGCGCCGAAUCUUGUAUCUAUGUGCCCAUCCAUCAUAGUAACGACUUGAGUAUCCGUUGGUAUACUCUCCUCCGAAGCAGCAGAAGUCUGAUCCCUAUACCGUCGCUUCCUCCUAUGCCUUACUCAUGUGUAGAAAGUCGCUAUGUCGUAGUGGGCUCGAGGAUCUUCGUCUUGGGUGGAUAUGACCAGGGGCAGGUGUGGAAGGAGCGGAAGGAGGGAUUUUUAUGCGGUGCUUUAUUGAAAUUUAUGGAAGAAGCAAGGGCAGAAUUGCAAAUUACAAAAUUGUUUCGAAGAUUUAAAAAUAGCAUCCGAGGCAUCUCCACGCCUCUUGUACAACGUGGAUAUGACAAAGGUACCAAUGUGACAACCAUCGACUGUCGAUAUGACAUGGCACAACCUUUUGGGACCAUGCCUAAGAUGGCCAUUAAUCCGGCCGUCGACGUUGUUGAUGGAAAGAUAUACGUAAUCGGAGGUCAUUACGGCAACAAUGACUCGAGCUUUUGGUCAUCAAACAGGCUGGUGGUGUUAGACACUGAAGCACAAACGUGGUUAUACAAGGAGACAAAGUCGGGCCUAGAAGCUGGCCAUAAUUUGCUUACUUCUCUAGCGGUGGAAGAUAAGAUUUACAUCAAGGGUUGUAGGAAAAGCUUUGCUUUCGAGGCAAAGGAAGGCAAAUGGAAAGAAGAAGCGAUCAACGAGUUGCUGCCUUCUGAUUGUAGAGGUUGUAUCAUAGACGGCUUAUUCUAUAGCUACGAUACUCGAGACCAUUGUUUAAGGGCGUAUGAUCUAAAGCAGAGGUUGUCUUGCGGAGUGGUGAAAGGCGUGGAAAGGAUAUUUGAGGAGAGUUACAAGGGGCGGGAGAAGAAGAGGAAGGAGAAGACGUCCAAAGCCUUAAUAAUAAUCACUCCUCUUCCAGAUGACGUUCUAAUGGACUGCGAAGCUCGUGAACCCCUAAGCGCCUCGCUUCCAGAGGCCGUUUUAAUGGACUGCGUAGCUCGUGAAGCCCAAACUUUGCUUCCAGAGGACGUUUUAAUGGAUUGCGUAGCUCGUGAAGCCCUAAUCACUUCGCUUCCAGAGGACGUGUUAAUGGACUGCGUAGCUCGUGAAGCCCUAAUCACUUCGCUUCCAGAGGACGUGUUAAUGGACUGCGUAGCUCGUGAAGCCCUAAUCACUUCGCUUCCAGAUGACGAUUUAAUGGACUGCGUAGCUCGUGAAGCCCUAAUCACUUUGCUUCCGGAGGACGUUUUAAUGGACUGUGUAGCGCGUGUGCCAAAGCACGAGUAUCCAAAUCUCUCCCUCGUUUGUAAGCUGUUUCGAUCCAUGGUUGCUUCGCCUGACCUAUACGCGAGAAGGUCUUUGCUGGGAUGCGCCGAAUAUUGUAUCUAUGUGCCCAUCCAUCAUCGUUACGACUUGAGUAUCCGCUGGUAUACUCUCCUCCAAAGCAGCAGAAGCUUGGUCCCUAUCCCGUCGCUUCCUCCUAUGCCUUACUCAAGUUAUGUAGAAAGCCGUUAUGUCGUAGUGGGUUCGAGGAUCUUUGUCUUGGGUGACAAGAGUAUCAAUGUGUCAACUAUUGACUGUCGAUAUGACAUGGCACAACCUUUUGGUACAAUGCCGAAGGAUGUCAUUAAUCCGGUCGUCGAUGUUGUCGAUGGGAAAAUAUACGUGAUCGGAGGUCAUUACGACGACAACAACGAGUCGAGUUUUUGGUCAUCAAACAGGAUGAUUGUGUUAGACAUUGAAGCACAAACGUGCGUCUACAAGGAGACGAAGUCGGGCCUGGAGGCUGACCAUAACUUGCUUAGUUCUGUGGCGAUGGGAGAUAAGAUUUACAUCAAGGGUUAUACGAAAAACUUUGUUUUCGAGCCAAAGGAAGGUAAAUGGGAAGAAGAAACGAACGAGUUGCUGCCUUCUAAUUGUAGAGGUUGUGUCAUAGACGGCAUAUUGUAUAGCUACGAUACUCGAGACCAUUGUUUAAGGGCGUAUGAUCUAAAGCACAGGUUGUCUUGCGGAAUGGUGAAAGGUGUCGAAAGAAUGUUUAAGGAGAGUUACAAGGUAUACGUAGCACGUUCUGGUAAAAAGCGUAUAUUGUUGAUGCAGAACGGAGACGCAUUCAGACGAGGGAUUUGGUGUGCUGAGAUUGCUCUGAUGGAAAGAAAUCAAAUAGGAGAGAUUUGGGGAAAGGUUGAGUGGUGUCAACUUUUGUUUGCUGGAGGAGACGCUUCUUUUUCAGAUUGCCUAAGUGUAACGGUUUGA